ACGGAGAAGACAAAUCGCGGUUGCCGUAUGUAGAGUGCCCCAACGGAGAUCACUGAAAAACAACCACACCUCACUUCUCAGCGACUCGUCGUCUUCUCAGCCGCCGCUACAAUAAUGUCUGACUCCGACGACGCCCAAUCUCCGGCGCUCGCGCAGCUCUCCGACGACGACGACGACGACGACGAAGACCCCGAAGAACUCGAACAAGUAGACCAAGAACUGGAAGAAGAGAGGGAUGAAGUUGACAUGGAUAUCUCAAAUUCACCAAUUCAAGCUCAUCACAGAGAUGAUAGACGAGAAGAUAUUAAGUUUGAGGGAAUUGGCGGGCACUCGGGACCAGGCUCUUCUACAUGGGGGAAAUCUGAAGCAAGGCCACCAUCUAACACACUUGAUAUGGAAGAAAGUACAAGUAAUUCCAAUUUUUCUGGUACUUCAAAUGAGCCAUUACACUUGAAGUCCCAGAAAACUUUUGCUGGUGCUGGAGAAUGUAGAAGCCAAGAAUUUGCUGAAUAUGAUGCUAGGAUUCUUUCUGCAAAGAAAACCUCUACACACCAUACUGAAUCACAUGCUAAUGCCAAGAAUGUUAUCAAUUCAGAGGAUGAGAUGAAACAAGUGGUACAGUCUACGAAUGAUAGAAAGAAAAUGGAAUCAAGGUUCUCCAGAUCAGCUGCUUCUGAGAUAGGGACACAUAUAACAUCUCCUCUUGCUGAGACUAAUGAUCCAAACAAACGCCCAGCAAUUGUCUGCGACUUUUACGCAAAAGGUUGGUGCAUUAGAGGUACUUCAUGUAGGUUUAUCCAUACAAAAGAUAGUCCAAAGAAUAGUCAUCCACAACCUGAGGGAGAUGUUGCUGCUGCAAGUUGCAGUAGAGAAGUCAAGGUUGAUGAAGGUCCAAGAGGCAUUCAUGAGAGAUCAAGAUUGCCUGGUUUUCAUGACCCACUGGCUUCUUCUAGUGGAAAUGGUUUUCCAUUUUCCUCACAUCUAGGAAUCCCAAGACGCCAUCAGUUUCAAUCAGUUCAACGUGAGGAAUCAAAUGUGGGUGAUUCCGCUGAUGUCCAGAAAUUGCAUUUACCCAAAGAUGAUCUAGCAUUUCCUACCUCCUAUAAGGAUGUAGGAAAGGAUGGUCAGAUACGAAAUUGGCCUGCUGAUGAUUUUAACAAUUCACCUAAUAAAAAAGGCAGGCACUCUACAGGAAAUACCUCUUCUCAUUCAAGCAGUAUGGAGGAUUUGGCUGGAGUUUGGAGACAACGUGUGCACAGUGAUCAUACUUCACCACUUGUGAGCCAUUCCUUGAAUAGCUCAAAUACUCUUAUAGCUACUGGCUUGUUCCCAAGUAGCCGUAUUUCAACUUGGAAUGGAUUUUCAUUGCCCGCAAGUUAUUCCAGUUUAGAUGCAAAUCCUCUGGGUUCUAAAAAGCUCUUAGACAGCAAUAGGGAUUAUCAUGCUUAUACUAGAUCAUCUGCCUUUCUGAAAAGCUCUUCUCCCUUCACUAGUUCUGAACUGAACAACUUUCCCCCAAUCAGCAUUUCACAGCACUCUGCUGAACUAAAAACAAAAAUUUCUUCAAACAAUUGGGAGCCAUCUGUACCCUUCCGGCCAUCUUUUAUUCUUCCUUCUGAUUUUCUAUCAUUUUCAGCAAAGCAGUAUGACCCUCUUCGCGGUAGCAUUGAGUUACCCAAGUUAGCUAACAACUCCUUUGAAGCUUUCUACUCUGAAGGGGCAACUGUUGGGAAUAGACUGCAUCAGAAAGUACUUCCUGAAACUGUCAGUGGGACUCUUCCCCCAGCUUGCGAUGCUGAUACAAACUCUAUGUCUUCUCAUAAUACAUAUCAUGAGAAGGUAUUAGAUAACAGCUGCUAUACACGUGACCCUAAUUCACCUGUAACUGAAGCAGAGACAGUGGGGACUUCUGUUGUCUACCAAAAUGGAACCUUGACUAAGGACGAGAAUCCCUUGGGCCACUCUCAAGUCAAAGGUAGUACAAAUCCAAACAAAAUCAGUAUCUAUGGUGAUUCUAGACAAAAAAGUGAUGGUUCUAGUCAACAAAGGGACAUAAAAGUAGAUAGAUUUAGAGAAAACAAUGAAGCGGAAGUUGAACAUUUAACAGAUGGGGAUGUACAACAAGAGUCAAAAGAAAUGAGGCAAUUCCGGGCUGCUCUUAUAGAAUUAGUGAAAGAGUUGUUAAAACCAAAAUGGCGUGAAGGUAGUCUCAGCAAGGAUGCACACAACAAGAUAGUUAAGAAAGCAGUAGACAAGAUUGUCAGUGCUUUUCAGCCCCAACAAAUCCCACCUACCAUAGAAGCAGUUACGCAAUAUCUGUCUGCUUGCCGUCCAAAAAUCUCAAAGCUUGUUGAGGGAUAUAUUGAGAGAUAUGGCAAGUCUUGAGAUGUUAGGCCAAGUGCGUUUUCUUUUGCACAGUUUCAUACUCAUUUUACUAACUGGAGGUCAUGGACAGUUUGUUGGAGAUCCUUUUUUUUUUUUUCCUCUCUGGAAUAUAAGUAGAACUGAGUUACUGUGGAAAAGUUGUUAGUUUUCUUAGAAGAUGUAUUGCUAAUAGAUUAGUUCUGUUACUUUUCAUUUCAUCUAUCCUGUGGUAAGAUGUAGUCCUAACUAGUUGUGUGGUGUAAACAGUUAUUUAUUAUUUCCUUUUUAUGCAAGGAAGUUACCCUUAGGAAUUGAAAUUUGGUCUAAUAAAAUUUAGUGAAAUGCUCGAGUGCUGUGUUUUAGUUUA